AUGAAAAAUGUUUACAAAACAUAUGAGAGUCGCUCGCAGAAAUAUGUACUUAAUUUAUCCAAGUACAAAAUCAAUCGUCACGAAUACUCUGCACUUUCCAAAGGCUUGAAAUUCAUACCAACUCCACAAAAAAGAAGUAUCAAAAAAGUUAUCUUAAAUGACUUUGACGAGUUUGCCAGAAAACUCAGAUGCAAGUAUCACUAUGAUAAGGGAGAAAACUCCCCUAUACAUCCUUUCAGAAAACCAACGGGUCACAAACCCCCACUCGCUUGUAAUACUCUAGAACAAUACAUUGACAAAACGAAAUUAGAAUUAUCAUCUAUUCCAAUCAGGAAAAUACACAACAAUACCUCUAAACUAGAAAGAGAAGCACUUAACUCUCUGAGAAACAAUAACAAUAUUGUUAUCAAAAAAGCGGACAAAAGCAACACAAUUGUUAUUAUGGACAAAGACUUAUAUAUCUCAGAAGCAUUGCGUCAAUUGCAAUCCAAACAUUACAUGCCAGUUGAAAAACCCAACUUACACAACUUGCAUAAAAUGAUACAAAAUAAAAUCACUGAAAUGUACUCCAAGGGAACAAUAGAUAAAGAAACAUAUCGCUUUCUUAGCGAUAACAGACCCUCAUUAAAAUGCGGUCAUCUUUACUUUCUCCCUAAAAUACACAAAAUCAAAGACAAUGUACGAGAUGCCCUCAUGAAAGGCCAAUGCAGCAUCAGACAGCUACCACCUGGUCGCCCAAUUAUUUCACAGUGCGAUACGCCAACACGUAACAUAGGCGCUUACUGUGAUUAUUUUCUCAUUCCUAUCGUACAAAAACAAUCAACAUAUAUUAAGGACACUACAGAUUUUAUCAACAGAAUAGAAACCCUCAAACUUCCAGCAGACGUGCUGAUGAUUACAUAUGACGUAACAAGUAUGUACUCUAACAUGGAAUUUGACGAGCUCCUCUCUGCCGUCAAUGAAGCAUAUCAAAGCGCUAACAAGCCACAAAGAGACAUCCCUUAUCCAGAUGCUGAAGAUCUUAUCUUCCUAUUAAAGUGUGUCUUAGAAAACAAUUACUUUGAAUUCAAUGGAAAAUACUACAAACAAUUUAUAGGCUGUAGUAUGGGUGCGAUACCAUCCCCUGAAAUCUCAGAUACAAGAAUGUAUCAAAUCACAAAUCAUAUUAUGUCAAAAUUCAAAUUCGCCAACCAAGUCCUCUAUCAUGGUAGAUAUAGAGAUGACGGGUUUAUAGCCUUCAACGGCACAAAAGAGGAAACCCUAGAAUUCUUCGAUAUCGGCAAUACCUGUCACGAUCACUUAAAAUUCACCUUUGACAUCUCAGAUGAAAGUGUUAACUUUCUUGACACCACAGUAUAA